CUAUCUUCUCCUGGAAUCGGACCAUUGGCUUCCCAACCGUCGGUUGUGCUCGGGGCACAAAAGUAACGAGGCACCCCGCGAUUAAUUUCCUUCUCUGCUACCCUUUCUCCCCUCUCCAACUUUGUUCUGAUUGAUUGAUGAUCCUUUAUAAAUCCUCCGGCCCCUGUACUCGGAUGGGUUCAUCACCUUAUCAAUCUGUCAAUCUGGCUCUCAGCCGUUAUCAAUCAACCGAGGCCAAAGCCGAGAUCGCACCGAGCUGUCACAUCGCAGUUGCGUCAGCUACGCUCCCAACCAAUCUUAUCAAUCUGCAGCAUUGACUGUCAACCCAAACCACCAUUGACGUCCACGAAGAGCUCGGAUUGGAGCAAGAAACAUUAACAACUCAAUUACGGCGAUUUUUAUUUGACAAACUUGAUUCGGCAAAUCUUUCAAGAUUUACCUCUCGGAACUCCGACCCGAUUUGGCACAACCGACCGAAAAGAGAACCGAUCUCGCCACAACCACAACAUCUAUUACUCGUCGACUCCCACCAUGUCGGCUUCAUCACCUCAGUCCAUUGCAUCCCCUGGAGCUAGGACACCUGUCGCUUCACAGUCAGGAACCAGGCAUCGUGCCAUCUCAGCUGCACCAAGUCCUGCUGCCUCACCAGCCACAUCGGGUCCCCACAGCCACAGGACGCCACUCUCCAUUAAGCCGAGUGCGAAGCCACCUCCACCCACACAACCUCAGCAGCGCACUGCUCUUCCUUCCAUCAACAAGAUGGCCAUGUCGUCCGUAAUCAGCCCCCAGCCGGCUCCGCCGGAGCCUCCAAAGGUGUCUAUGACCUCUAAAGAAUGGGUGAUUCCUCCAAGGCCCAAGCCUGGCAGGAAGCCCGCUACCGAUACACCACCCACUAAGCGCAAGGCUCAAAACCGCGCAGCUCAGAGGGCCUUCCGAGAGAGGAGGGCUGCUCGUGUUGGAGAGCUUGAGGAACAACUUGAUCAGCAACGUGAGGCCCAGGAGAAACAUGAAUCAGAGCUCAAGGACAAGAUCCACGAACUUGAACUCGAUGUCCAAUCCUUCCGAUCUAGAUGCAUGUUACUUGAAAACAUGCUGGAGCGAGAGAGACAGGACCGUAUCAGAGUCGAGACAGAAGCCGAGACUCUCAAACGUCGUCUAGAUGAAGGUGUCUUUAACUCAAAUUUUCAAUCCCGAAGCAUGAGUUCUCAGCACCCGUUUGAAGGACUUCACAGUCCCACCAGUCAGGGACCGAGACACAGUCUUCCUGAUGCACGACCUGAUCGUCAAUCAGGCCACUCCUUUUCCAUCUCCCAAAUCAUCUCUCCUCCAGAAACCCUCGACAUGAGCACUUCCAACGAUACUGAGACAGCCAUAACUUGUGGCAACUGUUCUCCAAAUGGACCUUGUGCUUGUGCCGAGGAGGUAUUGAACUCCGCGGCUAAUGGCUGCGGCAAGUGCACUCUUACAUCAAAUUGCCAGUGUCUCGACGAAGUAGCUGAGGCUCUUGAUCGAUCUCAAGAGUUGAAGCGUCCUGCCUCACCAUCGGCUAACGUAUCUACUGAGAAGAGGCAUCGAUCUAAUGCCGACGCUGAGACUGAUUUCACAGCCAUGUUCUCCCGCAAGACCCAAGAGGCCUUUUCUGCUCCUUCUCAACUCCCUUCCAUGGACUCUAUGCCCUUCAGAGAUGGCUGCGGCUUCUGCAAGGAUGGAACCUACUGCGUCUGCGCUGAUACCGCUCUCGCGACUCCCGCCAUGACUCCUAAUGAUACUCUUCCUCCCAUCUCUCAGCAGGUUCAGACCCCACCUCCUGAAGAUACUGAUCCUCCUAUUCUCGCUAUGGAGAUGACGGCCGACGGUGCUGUCAAGCUUCCUUCUCGCCGUCCCCAAACUCAAUCGACUGAGCGUCGUGGCUGUGGUCCCAACGGUCCUGGUACUUGUGCUCAGUGUCAGGCCGAUCCCAAGUCUGGACUCUUCUGCCGCCUAAUGGCCGCCAACUUGAAUCGUAAGGACGGCAGCUCUGGUGGCUGCUGUGGUGGCAAGGGUGCUGGUGGCGGCUGCUGUAAGUCCCAGAAGCCACCGCAACCAGAGAAGAUCAACCUCCCAAGUCUACCAAGCCUGGGUUUGAGUUGUGCUGAGGCAUACCAGACACUAUCCAGUCAUCGCAACUUUUCCAAGGCGGCUGAUGAUAUCGGCUCUUGGUUGCCCAAGCUCAAGGCUACACCUAGACCAGGUACUCGGCCAGCACCACCUGGUGCGAUGAUGCCGAUUGAGGUUGAAGCAGCAAGUAUAAUGAGCGUUCUGAAGGAUUUUGAUAUUCGGUUUGGGAGGGGAAUCUAAUGGGAUCCCAAGCCGUUAAACUGGACGAAAGAUAUUGAGUACAUGACAAAAAAUGGUUUAGUGAGCAUACAGCUCGUGGCAGAGUUGCGACAUGCCUAAUAUGGCACUGGUUUGGGUUUUGGUUGGAGCGUUGAUAUUAUACCCUUCAUUGGCUAAGAUGUAGACUUCACUUGUCUAUGCAUCUAUGAAUUUAUGCGUCUAUUAAGAUCAAUGCUUCUGAUGUGAGACAUGUCCUGGCGAUGCAUUCAAUAACGGAUGCAUAGCAGGGUUUUAGAAGAACUUGUGCAACUAGGGUGAGCUUGUAUGAUUUGGCCAGUCGGAGACGUAGAUGAAGUAGAUGAGAUGAGUGUACCGAUUGGGCUAGAAAAGAACGGUGUCCAAAGAUGCCAUGUGGCUGUAGGGUAUAACCUAGGUGAAGAGCCUUAGCAGUGAGCUGGAUCGACAGCUACGUCGAUGGGUGUUGAUGACUGUUCAUGGGUAAUGACAACACACCAUGGCAACCUGUCAACCGCUGUUGGGAUAGUCACGCGCUGACGUGCAUGAAAGGAAAGACAUCCUCGGCUGAAUGAGGACAUAGAGGCUGGGGAAAAGGCGGGAGCUAGAUACGGAUGAAGUUGUCGUGAAUUGUUGGGAGGCGGUGGAGUUUUGAUGGUGGAGCAGCAUGGCCAGCGCACCGCCUGUACAAAUUACAAUUCGAGUCGAGUAGGUAGCAC